GGAAAGAGGAAGAUCUCGUUCAUGCUGCAGGUGAUGAACUCCACGGCGGCGCUGGCGACGCAGCAGGCCCACGGCUCGGAGGCGGAGCUCAACCGCGAGAUUCACCUGGCACACAAGACAGCGGCAUGCUUCGCCUCAAUUCCUAAUCGGGGCACUGGUGGCGUCGCGCUGCUCAUCCCUGGGCUAUCGCCGGCCGAAGCUGCUGACCCAGAUCGAUCUCGUCACUCGGAGCCCAUCCCUGGUCGGGUCCAGCGGUUACAGAUCAAGUCGGAUGUAUCCGAUGCUGCAGCGGGCGCACUCCCCAACAUGAUCGCGAUCUACAACGCUCGCGACUCCCGGCUCACCGCGGACCAGGUCCAGCGCACGAGGUGCUCGAUCCGCGCCGAGCUCAGCAUUGCCGAACAACAGCCGGAGCGGAUCGCCGUGCUCGUCAUGGGUGACUUCAACUUCAUGGAUGAGGCUCCGCUCGAGCCGGCCGCGCCGCUGGUCAACAAAGGCCUUCCUCGUCGGCGAAAUCACCACCCAGAACACCAGCUGCUAUGGGAACAAGCUCUGGGUGACAUGGUUGAGGUGGACCCUGAGUUGCCGACGCACUACACCGAGCACUCGCAGCAGUGCACGUGGAUUGACAAGAUCUACAUCAGCUCGCCGCCGUGGCUGCUGAUCCAGUGGCGCGCGAAGGCGCGCGCCCCCGCGGCGCCUGGCGCCCUCUUCGACAGGGGCAUCUCCGACCGCGCCCCAGCUCACCUUCGGCUCGGAGCGCGUGCCCCCGAGGACAGCGAGCUGCAGCCGAUCCCGCAGAACAGCUUCGAGAGCCUCCUCUCCACCAAAUACUUCGACCUGCUGAGCGGCGCUGCAGACAUGGACAACUACCCGCCCUUCAUCCGCCUCAAGGAAUACAAGCGCCUCAUUCGCGAGGCGGCCAGGCUGACGCGCAACGACGUGACAGACGCACGCGCCCCUUGCUCGGCGGCUGCCUUCGAGACGCGCAGGGCGAUUUCAAGGGCCGCAUGGCGGAAUGACUGGAAGAGUGCUCGCACGCUGCAUGCUAGCACGAAGCUGGGCGCAAAGUUCCAGGACAUCUCUGACAGCAACAACAUCACGCUUAUCGAGCCUGGGACUUCCCGCCGCACAUUCGAGCAGCAUCAGCAGGAGCACUUGGACCAGUGGGCGGAGGCCCUGCAGCAGGAGGAGCAAGCGAGGGACACCCACUACCGCAAGAGACAGCGCCUCCGCAAGAUGCAGAGGGCGAUCCAGAAGCGUGGCAAGCUCUGGACCCCCACUGUUGAAGUGCUGAAGCUCAAGGCCAUCGAGGUCCUACACGACCACAGCACCACCGAAAAGCUUGAAGACAUGAUUGCCGAGCUUCGGCGCCAAUGGUCUCCUGUGUUUCAGGCGAAGCCGAGUCACGCCAAGCACGUGAGCCGCUACUUGGACAAGCGCAUCAUCCCCUACGGUAGCUCCCAGAUGGACACCCCGACGCUAGGCAAAAUGCAGAACCUCAUGCGCAGGCUCAACAACUCGGUGUCGCUCGAGGUAAUGAAAGGUUGUCCAAAAUCGCUGGACUUCAACGACUCGCUCAUGAUAUUCACCCCGGCUACCAGAUUGGCCAAGGCUACGAGACCCCUCUCCUUGAAGAACACGGACUGCAAGAUUGCGGCUGCCAUGGGAAACGACCUGGCGAAGCCGAUCGUCGCGAAAGACGCCCACGGUGCGCAGAAAGGCUUCCUCCCGAAGCAGCGAUUCAUCGAACGCGCGGUGGCUAUGGAUGCACAGUCUCGCAUUGUCGCCAUGCAAGAUAACCCGACGAACAGAGACUCGCUGAUGGUGCUCUACGACUUCGGCGAUGCGUUUCCACCGACGUGCAGAACCUGGCUCAACAUGGCGCUGGAGAAGGCCGACUUCCCUGAAGGCAUCCGCAACAUGAUUGAUGCGAUCUACCUCCUGCCUGUCGCUUUCACCAACCUCUCGGGCGCCAACGAGAUCUUCUGCGCUCUC